AUGCCUGACGAUAACGAUCUCGCGUCACUCAAAAGGCAACGCGCCACCAUUAAAUCGUCGUGUACGAGAAUCAAGACGUACGUGGACGCGAUACGCACGGUCAAUCUUUCGCAGCUUGCUCAGAUUGAGGAGAGUAAAAUCAAGCUAGAUAAAUAUUGGGCGGAUUAUGACGGCAUACAAACUCAAUUAGAGGCCUUAGAUGACGCCGAGGCGCCCGAUCGAGCCACGUUCGAAGAUAUCUUUUAUAGUUUGGCGGCCAAAAUGCGGGAACUAUUAACUAUUAUGCCCCCCGCAGUGAGUGUCGGUACGGCGCUGAGUGUCGGUCCCUCAACAUCCACCGCUCGCGAAUCGUCGCGUCCCUUAACGCACGUGCGCUUACCAAAGCUCAAUCUCCCUUCGUUUUCGGGCAAAUACGACGAGUGGUUCCCGUUCCGCGACACGUUCGUUUCCGUUAUACAUUCAAAUACUGAAUUAAGUAACAUUCAGAGGCUACAAUAUCUACGAGCCUCGCUCACCGGCGAUGCGGGCAAGGUCGUCGAUUCAUUAGAGAUAUCCGAUGUAAACUAUGAGGUCGCGUGGACGCUCCUGAAGGAGCGGUACGACAAUAAACGCGUUAUAGUACAAAGCCAUAUUAAGGCUCUUAUUGAAUUGCCAUCAAUGGCAAAGGAGAAUCACGUCGAACUACGAAAAAUUGCGGAUGGCGCAGCACGGCACCUCCAUGCCCUUCAGGCGCUUAAACGUCCCACGGACAAGUGGGACGAUUUAUUGAUACACGUCUUAUCUUCGAAAUUGGAUGCCGUGACGCUGCGCGAAUGGCAAUCGUCGUUAGUCGGCAACGAACUGCCAACGCAAAAACAAUUCUUUGAUUUCAUAACGCGUCAAUGUCAGAUGCUCGAAGCCACGGGCAAGUCGAGCGCCGCGGCCGCGAAAACGUCCAGCGCGCGUUUACAAUCUUGUGUUAAAAAACAGUCGUGUGCUACCACCAUAAAGAAAAAAUGCCAUUUUUGUCAAGGAGAGCAUUCGGUGUAUUAUUGCAGGGAUUUCUUAGCCCUUGCUACAAAAAGAAGAAUAGCGGAAAUUCGCGAUAGAAAAUUGUGCUCAAAUUGUUUGCGCUCGAGUUCCCACGCGUCGAGUGAGUGCAUUUCCGGAGGCUGCAGAAUUUGCCAAGCUAAGCACAAUACGUUGCUGCACGUAAGCAACGCUUUCCCGGGAUCGUCCGGACGCAACGCGGGAGAUACUGAAACGUCGAAAUUGUCGAACUUAAUGGUCGCGCAGCUAACUACCGCGUCGAGCGUACUUAGAAGCGGCCAAUCCUUGCUGUCCACGGCGGUAGUAUAUGUUUACGACAGCCAAGGCUCUCUUAGGCCAGGCCGAGCAUUAUUAGAUUCUGGUUCGCAAGCCAAUUUAAUUUCCAAAAAAUACUUAACAAGCCUCGGCUUAACCUCACAUCCAUUAAACGUAUCACUUUCGGGCGUAAACGGAACCGCGUCGACAACAGCGCAGGUAGUCGAAGUAAAGUUGCAAUCACGCUUAACCUCGUACAACGCUAGCAUAGAAUGUGUUGUCGCGGAUCGCGUCACCGAUCCGCUUCCUGCCUCCUCUCUUAAGCAAAACGCGAUCGACGUCCCUCGUAAUAUAAAACUAGCUGAUCCUCGAUUUUAUGCAUCAACAGACAUAGAUAUUCUGAUCAGGGUGGACAUAUUUUGGGAACUAUUGUGCGUCGGUCAGAUUAAAAUUCCCGACAGGCGACUAACGUUGCAAAAGACGCAGUUAGGAUGGGUAAUAGGCGGUCCAGUCAGCAAUUCAUUAGCUAGCGCGUCAAGAGUAAAUUCAUUUCACACCUCAAUCACUAACGUUGAACUGCACGCGCAAUUAGGCCGACUCUGGCAACUUGAAGACAGGUCCGAUUCUCCCGACAAUUACACUUUGGAAGAGAGAUAUUGUGAGCGUCACUUCUUAAACAACGUAACCCAAACGCCACAAGGCCGGUACGUUGUGAAGCUUCCUGUCAAGGAACAAAUAAUCUCCAGGCUUGGAGAUUCUCGCAGCGUCGCCUUCAAACGUUUAAUGGGAAUCGAAAGACGUUUCAAACGUAAUCCAGACUUAAAGGCUCAGUAUUCACAAUUCAUGCGCGAGUAUUUGUCACUAGCUCAUAUGCGGCGCGUUGAACCACAACACAUCGAGACACCAGUCUCGUUCUAUCUACCGCACCACUGCGUGCACAAGAUUUCGAGCGAAUCCUCUAAAUUAUGCGUUGUAUUCGACGCGUCUUGCAAAGGGAGCUCUAACGUAUCUUUGAACAACGCGUUUAUGAUAGGACCGGUAGUCCAACAGGACUUAAUGUCGAUAUUGCUUCGGUUUCGAACUUUUCGGUACGCUAUUACAGCCGAUAUAAUAAAAAUGUACAGACAAAUCUUGAUUGAUCCUUCGCAAACUAGCUUACAGCGUAUAUUGUGGCGGGAAGACCCCGACGAUGAGAUCGGCACAUAUGAGCUGAUGACGAUUACUUACGGCACGGCUUCCGCUUCAUAUCUGGCUACCAGGUGUCUCUCACACCUAGCCGAUCAAUUCGCAGCCGAGUAUCCCAUCGGUUCUAUACAUGUCAAAUGCGAUUUUUAUAUGGACGAUCUGCUCGCGGGGGCAGAUACCGUUCGAGAAGUUGACACCGCUUGCAAUUUCGUAUCCAAACGCACCAUUCUCUCGGAAGCAGCAAGGCUGUUCGACCCCUUGGGCCUUCUCGGCCCCGUUACAAUUACUGCGAGGCUUAUCCUCCAAGAACUUUGGCUAGUGGGCACUCACUGGGACGAAUCCGUUCCUCAAGGGAUUCACACUCGAUGGGCCGAUCUUAAGACGCAAUUGGUAGAGUUGAAUGAUCUGAGGGUUCCCCGCUGUGUCAAGCUCCGAAGCGAACAUCAAUUACUUCAGAUACACGGAGUAGCACCUCUCAAAACAAUCUCUUUGCCGCGGCUCGAAUUAUCUGCGGUCUUACUACCACUAGCAAGGCUAAUUGUUAAGAUCAAGGAGGCUAUAAAUCUAGCAAAUGUAGCUACAUUUCUGUGGACCGACUCCACAACCACUCUAAACUGGAUAACCUCCACAUCCCGUAGGUGGUCAGUGUUUGUAGCCAAUAGAGUCGGCGAGAUCCAGCGCACAACUGACAUCAGAACAUGGCGUCACGUCCCUUCACCGAACAACCCUACCGAUAUCCUAUCGCGCGGAAUAGGCUCUCGCAAAUUAGCAUUGGCCUCCAUGUGGUGGCACGGGCCUCCCUUUUUAGGAAUGAACGAGGACCAAUGGCCAAACGGUAAAUUCCAACAAUUGGACGACGACGUCCCCGAGCAAAUAAGAGUUGUCGCGACAGUCGUCACACAAACCGAGUGCGUGAUCAAUAACCUAUUGGAAAAAUAUUCCUAUUUGAAGAAAAUAUGUCGCAUUAUAGCUUACUGCCUUAGGUUCUCGAAGAUUUAUCGACCGAAAGUACCCACUGAAUAUCCUUCGCCCGCUGAGAAACUAAUUGCUUUAAAAGUCGCGUGUAGAGUCGUACAAGCCCGAGCCUUUCCGAGCGAAUACAAGAUUCUAAGUCAGGGAAGCUCCAUUAACGCAUCUAGCAAUAUACUCUCGUUGGCUCCAUUCAUGGACGAAGUCGGACUGAUACGCGUGGGCGGCAGGCUAAAAAACUCAGAUUUGCAAUACGAUGCCUGCCACCCAAUACUAUUGCCGCGGCAUUACAAAUUGACUAGGCGAAUAAUAAAACUCGAACAUGAUAUAAACAUGCACCCUGGUGCACAGGCGACUAUGGCGUUUGUCCGGCAGCGAUUCUGGCCGUUAUCGUUACGAUCGACUACACGUAAUAUCAUUCAAAAAUGCAUAACGUGCUUCAAAGCAAAACCGAGAUUUUCGGAAGCUACAAUGGGUUCGUUGCCGGCCGGCAGGGUCACCGUAUCCAGACCGUUUUGUCACUGCGGCGUCGACUAUGCUGGACCGGUGGGAACACGGGAAGAAAGGCGCCGUAACGCAAGGAAUAGCAAGGCAUAUGUAGCGAUCUUUGUGUGCUUCGCCACCAAGGGCGUGCACAUAGAGAUCGUCAGCGACCUCACAUCAGAAGCCUUCAUCGCCGCGUUCAAGAGAUUUAUUUCGCGAAGAGGUAAGCCCUCGCACAUGUAUUCGGACAACGGGACCACUUUCGUGGGAGCCCGAAAUCAAUUAAAGGAAUUGUACGACUUUUACCGCGGGCGGCAAGCUCAGGCUGACAUUUCGCGAUUCAUGUCUGAGCAGGAGAUAUCAUGGAACUUUAUCCCGCCGAACGCUCCUCACUUCGGUGGGUUGUGGGAGGCGGCGGUAAAAUCCGCAAAACUACACAUGGCUCGCAUCGUGGGCCAGGCGCAUCUAACAUAUGAGGAAUUGCAGACGCGAGUAGAACAGCUGCGACAACAUUUUUGGCGCAGGUGGAGUCACGAGUACCUGCAUUCCCUGCAGGAGCGGACAAAAUGGAAGUGCGACAAGGGCACCCAGCUCAUGCCUAACCAAGUGGUGCUUAUCAAACAAUCGAAUUUGCCGCCGCUUCAGUGGGCGAUAGGACGAGUGCAGGAGGUCCACCCUGGAUCCGACAAGGUGGCUCGAACUGCCACUAUCAAGACUGCUAAGGGCGUGUUUGUAAGGCCAUUGCCAAGGCUAGCGAUACUGCCCUUAGAAAGCGAACGUCGGUUGUAA